AUGGAUCGGGCUUCCAUGCCCCAACUGAAAGAUAAACUCCUGUUGGGAGAUGAGGGUGAAGACUCAGGUGAUGAAGCAACUGUCCUCUCUCUCCCUGGUGUGUCACCUGCUGAAAGCAUAAUCCUGGAUGAAGAGCUCCUCCUGGACCAGAUGAAGGACUUCCAGAAUCAAGACAGGAACACAGAGACUGAAGUCUGGCAAACUGACUGGCACAAGAAUCACAUGGCAGCAAUAAGUAGUGAGAAUUUUGACAGCCUCCUGAAGAUGUGUCCUGAUUUCCAUGGCUGCAAGAGCCACAUGGCAGCAUUUGUCUUAAUAAGGGAAGUGUUGGAUACAGCAGGCCGUCCAUGUGAGCAUUACAAAGUAGUGGCAUUGGGAGCUGGCCAUUCAAGCUGCAGCAAGUGGCUUUGCUACAAUGGGACAAUGAUCCAUGACUGCCACGCCAUCAUCAUCGCCAGACGGGCUCUCCUAAGGUUUCUGUACAAGCAGCUUCUGCUGUUCUUUGAUGCUGAUCCAAAUGCCAAGGAGAACUGUAUUUUUGAGAGUAGUACAGACAGCCAUCAGCUUCAGCUCAAACCCAAGAUCAGCCUUCAUCUCUACACCAAUCAGUGUCCUGAAGGAGCUGCUAAGAACUUCUACUUCAAGUACAAUAACACUUGGACGCAGUUGAAGCUGCAGUAUCACACCAAAGGCCUGCUGGUCCCUGUAGCCUACCUUGACCCGAGUCUCUGGGGUGCCAAAGUCUGCUGCAUGUCUGGUAGUGACAAGUUGUGCCGUUGGACUGUCACUGGGGUUCAGGGUGCAUUACUGAGCCACUUCAUUCAGCCACUCUACAUCACCAGCAUGGUUCUAGGAGGCCAGAAGCGCUUUAAUGAGCAAGUGUCUGACAUCACCAACAAGAGACUCGGUGAUGGAUGGGAGCACUUUCUGCCACCAUCCUAUAAGAAACACAGCAUCAUCUUUCUCUGUGGCGACUACGUGGGGCCUGUUGUGACCUCCCUGCAGCAUGAUGACCUCAGCAUCAACUGGUGCCUUGGUGACAAGGAUGUAGAAGUUCUGGACAGUAGCAAGGGCUUCAUCAUUGAUGGCUCUCCCUCUGUGAGUGGGCCAGGCUUCUCCAGCAGACUUAGCAAGAGAGCCCUCUACAGUUAUUUCCGCCAGGUUGCACAGCUGGGUGGGCAUAGCUAUCUGCUGGAUCUUCCCACUACCACAGUGUCAAGCUCUCCCUCUGUGAGUGGGCCAGGCUUCUCCAGCAGACUUAGCAAGAGAGCCCUCUACAGUUAUUUCCGCCAGGUUGCACAGCUGGGUGGGCAUAGCUAUCUGCUGGAUCUUCCCACCUACCACAGUGUCAAGGGGGAAGCCGCCGUCUACCAGACAGUCAAAGAUCUGGUCAAGCAACAGUUUCUGAAAAUCCAUGCUGGUACAUGGAAUUCAAAAAAGCUGGUGGAUUGCUUUAGUGCUUGA